CUUCUUAUAAAGAAAGUUGUGACCAAAGGCAAAACAAGUAGCAAUCUUCCACUUUUGGCGUCGGUUACAUUUUACUUACCUCUUUUAGCAUACAAUCUUCCGUAGGAGGCAAAUCAGUUCAAUUCCAUGGCUUUCAUUCGACAGGGCAUGCAACAUGUUCGAAAUUACUAUAACUCAGAUGCUCAAAUGAUAAGAGGUGGCUUCCAUCAGACAUUCAUAUCUAGGACAUACAAAACCAGUUUCUUGAAGCCGAGAUCAAAGGUAGAGAUCAAACUAUUGGCUGCUAAGAAACACAGUGAAGCAGAAAAGAGACGUAGAAUGAGAAUCAAUGGUCAAUAUGAAACCCUCCGAAAUAUCCUCCCCAACAUAAUCAAAAAGGACAAGGCAUCAGUAUUGGCAGAGACUAUCAAGCAAGUGAAGGAGUUGAAGAAAAAAGUAUCAAAACUGGAACAAGAUAGUUCUAGUAAUCCAUCAAAGGAUGUUGUUAAGUUUCCUAAUGGAACAGAUAAGUUGAAUUUGGAAAGAUGUAACAACGACGAGGGCAUAGUGAAGGCCACGCUGAGUUGUGAGGAUAGACUAGGAUUGAUGUCAUCAAUAUCUGGGGCACUAGAGCAAGUGAAAGCCAAAGUGGUAAAGGCUGAGAUAGUGAGUGUGGGAGGGAGAGCCAGAAGUGUGUUGUGGGUGCAAGGUCUUGGAAAUGAUGGUACGGGGACGCUCAAGAGCAAAUUGAGGGUUGCAAUGCAAAAGCCACCCAAGAUGCAGCGUUUUACUCAGUAACUGUUUUGUGUCCUUGAUUCUAACUUCUAAUGAUGAAGGAAUGUUGACACAGUUAGGAGCUAUAAUGAUAAGGGCUAAUGACAAGAAGAUUUUUCUACUUUUGAGGAUUAUAUAAUAAUGAUGAUGACUUUAGGAGCUUUGUAGAGCCCAUGGCUUUCUCACAUUUUAGUAUUACUGUAUCUCCUUUUGCAAGCAAAAUUUAGCUUUUACUUGUAUAUGAAUAUCAUGUUCGACUCUUCAUAUAAAGAAUAUAAUACCUUGACGGGUUAACAUGUAAUGUGUGUUUGAUUAUGGA